AUGGUGGACCGCCCGAACAAGCCCUCCGCCCUAGCUGCGACGCCCGGCCUGCAGCCUCAGGCCCAGGUCACCAUCUCAGACGGCAGCUCGCGCGUCACAGCGGUUCUGCCCACGGGCGAGAGCGUCGAGAUCCUUCUGUUUGGUGCUACCGUGCUGAGCUGGAAGGAUGCUUCGGGCGAUGAGAAGCUAUGGUUGAGUGAGGGCGCGAAGCUGGAUGGAACAAAGGCUGUGCGCGGAGGUAUUCCUCUGGUCUUCCCGGUCUUUGGCACUGCGCCCGACCACGAAGCCACCUCCAAGCUUCCCCAGCACGGCUUCGCCCGCAACUCUCGCUGGGAGUUCCUCGGCAAGUCCGAGACUUCUUCUAACAGCGUCAAGCUCGACUUUGGCCUGUCUUCUGAGAAUCUCGACGAUGCUGCCCGCCAGCUGUGGCCCUAUAAGUUUGGUCUUCUGUACAGCGUUACGCUUGCUCCCGAGAGCUUGAGCACUGCGCUGGUGGUGACAAACGAGGGUGAUGUUCCGUUUGAAUGCCAGACACUUCUGCACACCUACUUCAAGAUCAAGGACAUUGCUUCCGUCCAGGUCACCGGUCUCGAAGACUCCCCCUUCCACGACAAGGUCGACGGCGUCAAAGACAAGACCCAAUCCUCCGACCCCAUCACCUUCUCCGGCGAGACGGACCGCGUCUACACUCCCGUCAAGGGACCCGGACACCCCGUCAUCAUCACUGACGGUGGCGUGGAAAAGUUCCGCGUUGUGCGCGAUAACCUCGACGACGUAGUCGUUUGGAACCCCUGGGUCGACAAGGCUGCCGGUAUGGGCGACUUCCAGCCCAAGGACGGCUGGAAGAACAUGGUCUGCGUGGAGGCUGGUGCGGUCAGCUCAUGGCAGAAGCUGGAAAAGGGAGAUGCUUUCGAGGGCGCGCAAACGAUUUACCUGCACUGA